CGCUGCGCUGCACUCCAGCAACAUUGCCAAUGCGCGGCUGAGAUGGCUAUCACGGUGGACCCGUUUGCUUUCUUUGACGUCACGAUAGGUGUUACUCUCAUAGGGCUAGCAGUGACGGCGAGUCUCUUUGGAGUUGCCACUGCUCAGGUGGGUUGGUAUUACAGGCAUUACCCUCGAGACCGGAGGUUUCUGAAGAUGCUGGUGGCUCUCGUCUGGAGUUACGACGCAUUUCACCUACUGCUUUACACCGCUACAAUGUGGAACUACCUUGUGAUGAAGGAUUUGAAUUUUAUGGGCCUGACCCUACUGCCAUGGGAAUCAAGCGCGCAGUUGCUGUGUAAUGCUUGCGCUAUUGUCACGAUCCAAUCGUUUUACUCGUACCGCAUAUGGACGCUCAGCCAGAAUCGGUAUCUCGCAGCGCUGCUGGUCAUUUUUGUCUGCGCAGACUUCGGACUUGCUUUCACUCUUUUCAUGAAGAGCCUCACGACGAAGAACGUAAUCGACUUCAUAGGGCUCACAAAUUUUGACAUCGCUCUCAGCUCGGUCACGGCUUCAACCGAUGUCCUAUUAUCUGCGACGCUCUUCACGCUCCUCGCCUUGUCCCGCACGGGUUCCGUAGGCGCCAAUCGGCUCAUCAACAAGCUGGUCCUAUACACGAUCAAUACGGGGGCGCUCACCAGGCAAGUAAGCUUCGAUAUUGACGGAAUUUACGUUAAUGCUGGUGCAUGUAGCUUCUUCGCGGUGGUAUCGUUGAUCACCGUCAUCAUCAUGCCCACGACAUCUGUCUACGUGAUGUUCUACUAUAUCGGCGCCCGCCUAUACUCCGUCUCCCUCCUGGCUACGCUGAACGCGCGAGAGAGCCUGCGCAUACAGGCAGAGUGCAUCGGGCACGUCACGCUGCCGCGCCUCUCCAGUAUCUCGCGCGUCACGACAACCGCGGCGUCCAAGCAGCCCGUCGUCGUGGCGAUCCAGCACAGUUCGAGCGUCGCGUACGAGGAUGAGGACGAGUUCGGCGUGAAGGAGGUGUAUCGCCGCGCGCCGGGCCACCAGCAGGGCGAGGACGACUCGGAACGAGAUGGGGCGAGCUUGCGCGAUUGCCAAUGGGAGCCGAUGAAGUUGAAGGCGCGUGCAGGCCUUCCAGGGUUCUGA